AUGGACGUAUUCAAAGAUUAUGACUCCGAGAUCAUUUACCAUCUAGGUAAAGAGAAUGUGGUGGUGGAUGCUUUGAUCCGCAAGUUGGCUGGGUCAUCAGAUUGGGCAUCGUGUAUGAGGAUAUCAGUGGAUUCUCCGCUUUUGGAAUUGAUUAGGGAGGCUCAGGUCGAGGGUGUUUGGGAAGAGAACUGGAAGAUAGAUAGGAUCAGGGAUGAGAUCGCCAUAUUUGUUCCGGAUAGUCGUGGACUCUUGACCUGUUGUGGUCGGGUAUGGGUUCCUAUGUUUGGUGGGGUCAGACAAAUUGUGUUGGAGGAAGCUCGUAGGUCUCAUUUCUCUAUCCAUCUGGGGACCACCAAGAUGCAUCGGGAUCUAAGAUUGAGUUAUUGGUGGCUAUGCAUGAAGUGGGAGAUCGCCUGGUACGUGGAGAGGUUCUUAACUUGCAGGAUGGUUAAGGCCGAGCAUCAGAGGCCGCAUGGCAAGCUGCAACCUCUGGAUCUUCCCAUGUGGAAAUAG